CCCUGGGGGCCCCCCCCCUGGGGGGCCCCCCCCUGGGGGGCCCCCCCCUGGGGGCCCCCAGAGGGGACAUUUCAAAGUGCAGCAAAGACCCUCUAGUGCCUUUUAAUUUGCUGCUUUCUGCUGCUUAUGAUGAAGUCCUUGGGGAGGCCCUGGGGGCCCCACAGGGGCCCCCAUUUGCCCCAGAGAAGUUCCACCAGGGGGGCCCCCAGGGGCCCCCCGGGGGGCCCCCGGGCCCCGGCAAAACGCCCCUAGGCAUAGACCCCUCGUGGCAUUUACGCUGCGCCUUUCGCCGCCUGCUGCAGCAGCAGCAGCAGCAGCAGCAGCAGCAGCAGCAGCAGCAGCAGCAGCAGCAGCAGCAGCAAAAGGCAGCAGCAAUGGCAGCUGUGCAAAAACGCAUUCUUGCUGCCAGGGGGCCCCCCACCCUUGUGGGGGUCCACCACCUCCAGGGCCACGCCUUCAGCACAAGUCUUCCGGGGGCCUCUCUUUACUUGCUGCCAAACAGGCCAAGGGGGGCCCCCCUGGGGGCCCCCCGGGGGGCCCCCCUGGGGGCCCCCAAGGGGGCCCCCUUGGGGGCCCCCAAGGGGGCCCCCGGGAGGCCUUUGGGGGGCCGCGGGGGGCUUCUGGGGGCCCCGGGGGCCCCUAGGGAAGAGGGGGCCCCCACCAGCCAGGGGGCCUCUAUGGAGAGCAGUUGUACGGCAGCAGCAGCAGCAGCAGCAGCAGCAGCAGGGGCAACUGCAGCAGCACUUGAAGAUUCCGAGGCGGCAGAGGCAGGAACAGCAGCAGCAGCAGCAGCUGCUGCUGCUGCUGCUGCAGCAGCAAAAGUGCUUCCCACGGAGCCGCUGCUGCUGCUGCUGCUGUCUGGAGGCCAUUCUCAAUUCUCUUUUCUUUUGUCUAAAGAGCUGCUGCCCCUCGGGGGGCCCCUUAGGGCCCCUGCUGCUGCUGAGGGGGCCCCCUCUGGGGGCCCCCUGGCUGGGGGGCCCCCCGGGGGCCCCCCUCCUGGGGGGCCCCCAGGGGGCCCCCGUGCCCCCGGGGGCCCCCGGGGGGCCCCCCCAAGGGUUUGGCUGGAGGCGCAGCAAAGGUCGCAGCAGCACUUUUGCCAGGUGGGGGCCCCCAGGGGCCCCGGGGGCCCCCGGGGCAGCGCUGGGGGGCCCCCUGGGUACUGGGGGGCCCCCUUCGCUGAGGGGGGCCCCCCCGAGGGGCCCCCAGAGGGGCCCCCAGAGGGGCCCCCUGAGGGGCCCCCUGAGGAGACCCCAGAGGGGCCCCCAGAGGGGCCCCCAGAGGGGGGGCCCCCAGAGGGGACCCCAGAGGGGCCCCCAGAGGGGCCCCCAGAGGGGGGGCCCCCCGAGCCGGGGGCCCCCCUUCCUUUCCGCCUGGUGACCCUCGGGGAGACCCAAGAUGAUGCCCUUGGGGAGGCCCUGGACAAAGCUGCGAGGCAGCUGCGGGCCCUUGCUGCUCAGCAGCAGCAGCAGCAGCAGCAGCAGCAGCAGCAGCAGCAGCAGCAGCAGCAGCAAGUGCAGCAGCAGCAGCAAACGCAACGGCUGCAGCACCAGCACCCGCAGCGCCAGGAGCAGCAACUGCACCAGCAGCAGCAGCAGCAGCAACGCCAGCAGCAACUCCAGCAGCAGCAGCAGCAGCAGCAGCAGCAGCAGCAGCAGCAGCAGCAGCAGCAAAGUGGUGGCGCGUAUCUGGAGGCUCUUGCUGCUUCUGCUGCAGCAGACAAUUUGCUGCUGCUGCCAAAAGCCCCUCCUUCUCACCAGACUCGAAGUCUGGACUUCAGCUUCUCAGGCCUAAAGGCCCACCUCAGUCGCCUUUUGAAGUCUCAGGGGGCCCCCGGGGGCCCCCCAUCUCUUUCCACUCAGAGGGCCCUUGCCAAAUACAUUCAAGACUGCCUUUUCUACCCCGUGUCCCGCCGCCUUUCGCAAGCCCUUUGGCUGACUGAAUUUAUACCAGAGAUUAAAACCCUCGCCCUAGUGGGCGGAGUUGCUCGUAAUCGGGAACUGCAGCAGCAAGUGCUGCAGCUGCUGCAGCAGCGCGCGGACAGCCAGCAGCAGCAACAGCAGCAGCAGCGCGAGUUUGCUGCCCUCAAGAAGCGCCUCGCGAAGCUCGUCCAGAGGCGGCCCCUCCUCAUCCUUUCAGGCCCACCGCAGCAGCAGCAGCAGCAGCAGCAGCAGCAGCAGCAGCAGCAGCAGCAGCAGCAGAGAGAGGCCCUGCGAGCGCUAAUUGACCGUUUUUCUGUCUCCGACUAUUUGGCAUUUCGCAUUCCUGUUUCUUCUUUUGUCUCCUUUUGCUGCAGCACAACUGCUGGGGGGGCCCCCGUUGCUGCUGAGGGGCCCCUCUGCAUACCUGCAGCUCUUUUGGCUGCUGCUGCUGCUGCUGCUGUACCCUCACGGGCGCCAGCAGCAGCAGCAGCAACAGCAGCAGCAGCAGCAGCAGCAGCAGGGGAUCGCAGGGACCACACGGGCACCACUACGCGUGAAUGCAGGCGGUUUGAUUUGCUGCUGCCGGGACAGUCGCAGUGGCUACAGCAGCAGCAGCAGCAGCAGCAGCAGCAGCAAGUUGGCAGCAGCAGCAGCAGCAGCCUGGGGACUGCUCCCUUCGGCCAGCCUGGAGCCAAUCCUCUCUUCCAGUUUCUCCCAGCGUUCUGGUGCUACUGCGGCUCUUGCAGCAGCAGCAGCAGCAGCAGCAGCAGCAGCAGCAGCAGCAGCAGCAACAGCAGCAGCAGCAGCAGCAGCAGCAGCAGGGGUGUGCAGCGUCUUGUAGUUCCUGCUGCUUCUCUGUGCAACGAUAAUGCUGCAAUGAUUGCAUGGGCAGCUAUUCAAUACAUGCAGGCCCACAGGGGGGCCCCCAAAGGGGGGCCCCCCCAAGGGGGCCCCCCAAGACAGGGGGCCCCCCAAGACAGGGGGCCCCCAAGGGGGGCCCCCCAAGACAGGGGCCCCCCUACUGGGGGCCCCCAAGGAAGGAUAGUACCCUCUGUGAAGCCGAAAUGGGACGGAGGGGGCCCCCUGCUGCAGCCGUUGGCAGCAAUGGAUUUGCUGCUGCUGCAUGCGUUGCUGCAGCAGCAAGCGCGUCCCCGGGGACGACCCUUGGGGGGCCCCCAGCAGCAGCGGGGGGCCCCCUUUGCUGCUGCAGAGCAGAACUGGUCUUAA